AUGCUCUUCAUUUUCUCUUUCCUUUUGGUUCCAUUCACCGCCAACGCAGCAAUCACUGGAGACUUGAAUUGCACCACUUACAACGGAACAUCGUUCGUCUACACCCCAGCUGCCGUUGCCUGCUCCAACACAAUCUCCGACGCUGCGUGUGAAGUUCUCUAUGCUGACCCUGAUACCACUGCCGGGUAUCCAUCUGCUGGAACUGAUGCUGAAAGACCACUUGCUUGCUAUACAACGGCUUCUGCCACACCAGCAUCAAUUGUACAAGACAUGAAAACCGCUGCCUUGGAAACUUGUCCAAAAACUUGUGGAUUGUGCUGUCAGACUGAUGCCUAUAGCUGUCCGAAUGUUGCUUACCCACGUCUUGACUGUAACACCAUCACCACCGCUCAAUGCAACUCUAUCAUCUGGAGAUCAAUCAUCGCCACUGAUUGCCCUUCCGCAUGUGGAUUCUGUAACGAAGGUGGAUGCGUUGACGCCGUUGUCGAUUGUGCCACCGAUAUCUCCAUCUGCACCACCGUCGGAAUGCAAGACUUUGUCAACACCUACUGUCAAAGAACAUGCGGAAGAUGCCCAUCAUCUACUACCGCUUCGUCAAGCUCCACUGCCUCAUCUUCCUCCACCUGCACAUCUUACAAUGCUGAUAGUUCUUCUCACUGUGCUAACUGGGCCGCCAAUGGUUACUGUACCAACACCUUCUACACCAGUGCUCAACGCAAGGCAUACUGUGCUUCAACUUGCAAGAUUUGCUAA